AUGGUCUCCAUAGUAAACUUAAGCUCCUGAUAAAUUACGUGCAACAUUAACGUUCAUGUAAUACUACACCUGGUGGACAAGUGCAUUAAGUUUAUUUAAGGGGGCGUAUGUACUGAGAGUUCUUAUGUAAAGGGAAGUGUAGAUACGUGUUGCUCUGGAUGUUAGUGGGAAGUUAAGAAAUGUCUAGGUAAAUGGUGUUUAGGUCUGUAGAUUAAGUAAACGUAUAUCUAUUUCAUUCGGUGCUUAGGUCAGCAGUGCAGUUACUGCUAAAGGGCUUUAACAUGCGCCCCGGGACGGCUUACAGCAACGGACAGCCUAUCUCGCGCUCGGAGGCGCAGCCGCGUGACUGGUCUGUCGCGAGCCGCCCAGUUGGAAGCGGCGUUCUGUUGUACCACUUUCCACAUUUAUCUCUCCUUUUUUCUUGUAAAUAACAUUCGGCAGCGUAUGAAAAAUUAGCGUGUAUGUUUUUUUUUAUGGGAUUUUGCUUAAGUGACGCUCGCUUUGAAAAACGCCAGCACUUUUUGCGUUUAAGGGCUUCUGUUUCCUGGUCCUCAAAGGAAUGGGGGAUAUUGUUGGACUGAAGUCCUUUUUUCGGGGGAAGAAUGAAAGCAGUCUGCCUGGUGUCCAGAAACAAUGGCUGCCUCGUGGGAAGCCUUUCCUUCCUAGGAUUCCAGCAAACUCGGUGAUGGAAUCCUAGUUAAUUUCCAUGCGUGUAGAUGAGAAGAGUGCCACCGGAGUGGAGCGGUGUAUUUUCUUAAAUUUGCAUCGCAUCACAGCUGACCGAGGCUGAAGGACCUCCCUGUUCACAUGACAUCAGGGAACAAGCUGAGACCACAGACCCUUGUUUCCCCCGCAGCCAUCAACAUGCCAAAGACAACCAACGAUCACCAGGAGCAGAGCAACGACGUCAGCCCUCUGCCCCUACAAGAAUUGACCGAACUACCCAAGGAGGAGGACAGUCCCGGCCCCCCCUCCUUCAGCCAGUUGACUCGCCUCACUUCCUGUUCCAGAUAUCAGCUCAUUGACGAUCUUUCAUACGAAGACUUGAAAAAAUGUUACCGCGCAUCAACGGUGAGCAAAUACAAUUCUCAGUACCACAAGCUGUUCCAGACGGUGCCCAAGGAGGAGACCCUUAUGAAAGUGUACUCAUGUGCCCUACUCAGGGACAUCCUCCUCCAGGGCCGCCUCUACAUCUCCAGGAACUGGCUCUGUUUCUAUGCCAACCUCUUUGGCAAGGACAUCAAGGUGGCCAUCCCAAUCGUCUCUGUGCACGUGGUGAAGAAGCACAAGACAGCUGGCCUGGUGCCCAACGGAUUGGCCAUCACCUCCGACACGGGUCAGAAGUAUGUGUUCGUGUCCCUAAUGUCCCGGGACAGCGUGUAUGAUGUGCUUCAGAAAAUCUGCACACACCUGCAGGUCAAUAGCAAGAAAAGCCUUGGUGUGAAGCAGUAUAUGGAGGAACCCAGCUCAUUGUCAAUGGAUGAAUUUCCAACCCCGGAUGAAUUCCCAGCAACGGAUUCGUUCCCAUCGGUCCUCAAGUGGAGGCGUAAGGCAUCAGUGGUGGCCACGUCGUCCUCACUGCCGGACCUCCUGGGAAGCUCUUCUAGCAACCUCAGUGCCGUGGACGCCUCCUUCCAGGCCGACACGCCACUGCAGGAGAGAGGUCUCAACAAGGAGAAGCCGCUUCUGGCUGAGCCCAUCCCAGAACUGGGUCAGAUGGAGUACCAGCUGCUCAGGUUGUUCAUCCUGCUUGGGGAUCGACAGAGAGGCUCGCAUCAUCACCUUCCCUCUCCUGCCCCUUCUGUCCCUCAGCAUCAUCCUGCUCGUCGUGUCUUCUUGCUACCUGGCCUUCCGCGUCUGCUGCCUGGAGCAGCAGCUCUCUUUCCUCAGUACGCACCCUAGCCUGCCUGUCAGAGAGAGGUAACUGCCAGUGUCCUGACUAGGGGGCAGGCCACGACCAACACAAGCCACUGCUUCCCCCCCUGCUGUCACCUCAAAACUCCAUCAACUGACUUAAUUUCUGUGUUGAGUUUGCACAAGACUGGAGCGAGCAUGGAAUAAAAACCAUUGGCUGGUUUGUCCAGAACAAGUAUUGGGGGUGAUGGAGGAAAUCGAAGGAAAAUAAACACACUGCGCAGUGUGUUCGACGGCCGGCAGCAAGGCUGAGCUGCUCUAGCAGCCAAACACAGGGGUGGAAUGUUAACGUGGCCUCUCUCCUCUUCACAAAUCUUCAACCUCCAAAUCUCCAGUGUCACAGAGCUGGCCAACCAAGCACCGGCUUUCAUCCCUUCUUUCUGUUCCGCUUUUCUGAAGCACGUUAUCAAGGGUUCUCAACCAACAGGCCAAACCUAUUUUAAUUCCUUAUUUUCCAUAUGUAGCUCCAUCGGUCUGGAGAAAAUUCUUCUUUUUUUUAUGAGGGCUUUCAUAAAGCCAAACAACUGUCAGAGGAACACUCUCAUCCUAACAGAAAGCAUUGUAAGCUGCAGCUGUUCACCUGGUGGGUGUAUGUUCUGAACCUUCGAAAGACCCUCCAUAUCUCUUUAGAUUCCAGUGUAAUCAUAACUCCUCCCACCUAACCUUAACUACUGAUUCUGCCGCUCACUUGCAUGCAAGUGAUUGGUCGCACAAUCCUAUGCAUCCUGGCCAGACUGUCAAUGGGCAGCACCUUGGUGGACAUCAGCUGCCAUGUCUUUGUGCUAGCUUUGUGGUUUUGAUGACUAACUGCUUUUUUGGACUUUUCAGUGUUUGUCAUUAUAUGUAACUUCAGACCAGGAUAAAAAAAAAAAAACAAAGCACCUACUCUGAUUACAGGUUUUCAUCUACUCCUUUUCUGUGAAUCAUCUAUGGGCCGUGAAUCAUACCUGUAACUUCAGGGGUUAAAGGCCCCUGUUAGCAUUAAGAAUAUGUAUUUCAAAAGCCCAAUGUUUGCCCAGAAUAUCUGCGCAUUUGGUAAUGACGGGCAUUAUCUUAUUACUGUAUCUUUGCACAAAUCCUCCACUUUAUGGAAACAAAGGCAUGGCAUGUAGGUCCAUUGUUGCAGAGAAGUCAGCUUUCUUAUGUGGAGGGAACACAAGUGUAAUUGACUGAAUUAUGUAUAUAACUGAGCAAAUCCAAGGCGAAUGGCUGGAUUGUGAUCAAGUUGAGUUUGUUAGCCCGCUGAGGGGACUACAGUGUAGCACACAAAGUUCACUUAAAGGUUACUUCUGUGUUAGAUUUGUACUGGAGAAAAUUAAAAUGCAUAGUGGAAGUACUUGAGUAUGUUUCAAAUUUCAGUUUGGAGCAUUACGGUAAAGACAAGGGUUUCAUUUUCAGUUGUCCAGUGGAAGUUCUGAUUUUUGUAGAGGCACCUCUCCACUAGAUGUGAAGUGCACGGUGGCCAGAUAGAGCAUUAUUAACUAUACUUUGUAUUUAUUAGUAUCGCGAUCUGAAAGUAGGGAGCGACAUCUGUCACUUUGCUUUAAUCAGCCCGCUGCGGAAUGACCAUCAUACCAGUCCCAGUCUGCUUGACUUCAGGUUGAUAGUUCUUAAUAAACAACUUGUUCAGACCACACUGUGCUCGAUUUUAAACUUUUAUUACUCGUCUUCAACCUCUGGAUUCUGCUUUUUCUCUUAUCAGACCUUUAUGUACUCAGUGGCCACUUUAUUAGGUACACUUAGCUAGUACUGGACAGGACCCACUUUUCCAGAGUUGCUUCGAAGGUAGAGGUAAGGCAUUGUACACACCUCUGAUGUACCAAACUUAUUUUUUUGCUCUUGUGGGCUUUGCCGUUAAUAAGGUGUUUUUAUAGCCACAGACCUGCUGCUGACUGGAUGUGUUAUGUUCAUCACACCAUCCUCUGUGAACCCUUCACACUGUAGUGGCUGCUUCUGGGAUGCUAGAACCACCACGUCUGGCACAAUCUGAUCCUGUCUGUGCGCUUGCGAGUUGCAGACACGUAAUUUACUCAGAAGUGUACCUACUAAUGUGGCACUGGGUGCAGGUUGAAAGUGCGUACAUAUCUGGGUUUCUGACUGAUGUUCCGAGGCAGAAAGACAAAUGACAUUGGCCUUGGAGGAUUCCAACUUUGGAGAAAGAGGAGGAAGAUGUAACUCAAGCAAUCCAGAAGGUGAUGGACAGCUGUGCUUGUUGUGCUUGUAGUACUUAUAUAAUGAGAUGAAGCUUUGAGUGGAAAAGCUGUACAAGAUUUAUCCAUAUUCCUACCUGGGCUGCCCACAAGUUACUCUCAGUGUCAGACUUCGUUCCACCACAGCUUUAAAGUCAGGUGUAUUUCCACAGAAACUGAGGAUGGAUUUAGCAUCAAGUAGCAGACCUGACAGUGCUUCUGGGAAAUUUGACAUUCGUAUGGUGAAACUGGGGGGAUUGUUUUUAAGACAAAGAAGAUAAUUUUAGAUUGUAUUAGAAUUGGCACUUGUUUUUCUGUUGUUUUCAGAGCUACUGCCUGAAAACCUUCUGUAUGUAAAUACGAACAUAACAGUAGUUGAUAUGCAAACCUUAACAAUAUACAGUCAGUCCUGCCACAAUGCUUCAUGUCACACCGCGAAUCUGUUCCAACACGAUUGAUGUAUUAGCACCCCAGUGCAAUGUAAAGUGGAAUCAUGUUGGUAUUUCUGAUAUUUUCAGUCGGAGCGAAAGCACUCUGCGAACUACAAAUCGAUGUGGAUUUAACCGGAAACGCUACCUGCACCACGCAAAACGGCCUUCCAAGUCAACGAUACAUCCAAUUCGUGAACGUAUCAAGCAAAUAGUUCUUUUCAGUGAAUUUGUCGAACUCGUUAUAAAUAGAGAAAUACCAUUGUAAGUGGAAAGUAAAAUACUAGCAAGCGAAAACUAUUUUAUUAUGCAUUAAGAAAUUGUGGUUUAAAUGAGUGUAAAGUACUUAAACGACAAACGUUUCUCCGUAUAACAUAAUGGGUAUGUUAUGUCGAUUUGUUUGCAUAAUUUGAUCACGUCAUGCUGGGGACGAGACUGCGGUCACGCCAUUCGCACGUAGUGCAUCUGUGCUGAAUACUACGGUGGUAUUUUUACUCGUUCAGAUCUUUGCAAUGAGGCGUAAUGUCUCCCAUUCCAUCUCGAGAAUGUUCUUCUAUGCCCGACAAGUAGCCACACAAAGUUUCAUCUAAUUCUACAGUGGAGUUUAGCUGUCAAUGUGCUCAAAACGACCUUGGUGUUUAUUCUCUACCCCCUCUACACACAACUUGGUACCUACGCUGAACAGCUUUUGUUUGCACUGUUUGCUCGUUAGUUUGCACCAACUGCGUAUUUUGCACAUUGUAUAUCUUCUGUUUCCACUCGUAUCAUUGCAUCUUGUAAUAUUUCCCAGCACAAUCAGGCUGUACUUCCUCUCUGCACAUUAAGCCACGGAAUCAUACUUCACACUUAUAUUCAUAUCUACAAUUUAUUAUAAUUUGUUUUUAUGUUUCUAGGUUGCACCUGGGUAGUUAACUGCAUUUCACUGGCUAUGCACCUGUACUCGGCACUCUGACAAUAAAGCUGAAUCUUAUGGUCUUUCAAACCUGUA